AUGCUGACUUCAACAUGGGCACGAUCCACACUUGGUAUCACCGGUAUCCUGAUUGCAGCCGGUCCAUCCGUGUGCCAACCUGACGGAACGCUCGAGACCAUCCCCAUGGAAGUCCGAACGGGAAAGUGGACGGAUUACAACUGCACCGAUCCCGUCAAAGUUGAUUUUCCCCCUUUCGAAGAGUGGCGGGGAUGGGAGCCUCUUCAAACUCAAGACGCAUGGGAUGAUGCCAUCAGGAUCUGGAAAGAACGGGACAGGCCGUCGAAACGCACCACUUUCACCUCGUCUACCGCCACGACCCUCAAACUGCCUGAUAGGCCAGACUGUGGAUUAUUAGCGGGAGCAGUCUGUUCCCGGAGCUGGUGUAGCGAAGAGAUGGAUACAACUGAUUCAGGCCCGGCUGCAGAGCUACUCUGGAGGUCAUUUACUGAGAUCAAUUGGCUUUUCGGAGAAUUUGAGUACGAGCUGAGCAAGGCUGCAGACCAAAUAAGUCAAUCUCUUAGGAACUCUGGGAACGACUCUGCUCCAAUUCCGAGGGCAGGUGAUGACACCUACUUCUCUGCAGCCAAGGACCUUCACAUUUGGGGUGCAGGUAAUCUUACAGAGGUGUUCUUCAACAAGUACCUCACUUAUAACUGGAAUUACACUGAGAACCAAGGCCCUCGCGAUAGCGUCCAGAACGCCACCAUGGCGAUAGUUGAGCAGAGCAUAACUGUAGCCAACGACAUGAUGUCAACGCAGAAGAAGAGGUGGAGAGCGGAGAACUUUUCUUCAUUUGACGGCUACGUGGUCGACGUGAUCAAAGGUUGGCGAAAGGCAAACGCUGAACUGCUAUACUGGAUCUUUGGCGGCUCCGACGAGUCGAUUGAUAUGCUCUGGACCAUGAUCUCUGACGGAAAGCUGCUUAAUCGUGGAAUGGCCCGGCAGCAGAUUGAAGAGGAUUCACCAGCUCGUGCUUUGCGUCGCCGGACAGCUCGCAUGGAUCUCAGUUACUUCAAUGAUCUGCCCCCAGAGCAGGUUGAGGCUCUCCGCGAUAAGGAUGCUGCUGAGCUCACGAGUUCUGCUCCGGGUCCUUCUAUCUCGAACCAGGGCUCUCCCAAGGGUAUCCGUAAGCCCUCGCGCUGGAUGUCACCCACCAAAAAGAAGGCCCGGUCUUUUAGGCGCUCACCUACGGAGUCCACACUCGUCCCCGACAACAUCCAAGACCGAGUGGCCGAGGAGCAUGCCACAGCCAAAAGGCUUCGACAAGAACGCCGAGAGCCCUGGAACAGGUUGGAGCAAAGCGAGGAACUCGUUGAAGAGUACCAGAUGUUCCUUCUCCAGGGUGUUGCGGUCAAUGGUGUGACUGUCGAGCAGCGAAAGGCUAUGUGUGAGGAGCUAGAGACUGAGAUCGCGCGAAUUUGCGAUCGGCUUUAUGAUCUCGGAGGGGAGCUGGAUGCGGUUGCUUGCAGGGCUCAUGAGUUCUUGAGCAAGCAUAUGGAAAGUUUUGAGCGAAGCUGA